UGUGCUAGUCAGAGCUGGUGGUUUGAUUGUUUCAACUGGUCGUACUGGUUGAGGAACUGGAUAAAGUGGUCCAAGAAAGAAAAACAGGUUCCUUUUCUGUAGGUUUCUUAAGUAAGCUGUUUCUUUCUACAGUCCUAAAUUAAUCUAAUUUUGCAAACCUGGUCUAGGAUUUUAUAUAGCAGCUGGGAGCUCAGUAACAGACAAGUAAACAGUUGCUUGUUUCAAUUUCCAAAGCAAAGCUGGUCACCAGCAGUUGAUGGAAUUUGUAGCCGGUAAUGUUCUAAUCUACAGCAUUAUAACGACUUUUUUUUUGGCACAACAGAGAAUGCACAAACCAACACAUACUAUUGAUGCAAACUUUUAAAAGUUACUUGUAUGUGUUGUAUUUCAGAAGAGCGGGCGGUGCUGUACCCGUUGCGAAAACGUUUUGAUUUGCCAGGCAUUGCAUCAACGUUGAACAAUUCCGAGUUCAAUAAGGUGUGGUGGUGUUCUUCUAUCAGCGACGCGUUAAAAUACGACAAGCUGUUUUGGGCAAGACAGACGUGGCUUUGGUACAAAGUAGAGCCACUCGCUGUGUCUCCAGUUUUUUUUUUUCUUUUUAAACCUCAUUUUGAUUGCAAUUUGAACGAUUCAACGCUGCCCGGGGCGGGUCAGUGCGCAUGUGCACAGUCAGCUCUGUUCUAAAGCAAGAAACACAAUCUGAAGCCAGCAUUGUAGAAAAGCAUCGAAAGAAAAUACAUUUGAAAUACUGGAAACAUUAAAACGUUUUGAAAAUAAAUAAAGCAAUGUGGCUGUUUGAGUGGAAAAUGGACGAUAGUGAAAAUGCCACGGAUACCAGAGACCAGUUCCGGAAUUAAAACUAGCGAGAAAGAAUCUGGAGAAGCCACACGACCUGUCUGCAGAAACAGGAAAAACUACAUAUCGUAAAUAUAAGGAGCAACUGCGGGCAGUCUGACACAGUAGUCAUGUUUAUAACCAAGGUGGACUUCGUACCCGAAUUGACUGUGUGAAGCUAGCUGAGUUACAGGAGAAUUUCCAUCCGAGAAACAACAAGCGGCCUGGAAACGCAAUUGAUAACCAAGCUGCUGCUGGAUAUACACAAACUUAUCAUAAGUACAGUGCUAAGACAUACAAUAAUCAGCCAUUUCAAAGGAGCUAUGUACUGUUGUUCAUGCCAACACUGAUACGUACUUUCAUUGGAAUAGGCGACACUUGCAAUAGCUGAGAGAACAUUAAACUUGACAUUUAUAAAUGCAAUCACGCUUCCUGGAGCUGGGACUCGUUCCGCGAGGUGUUCGCACACAGAACACCAUAAAUCACAGUAUUAUGGUAUUUAUUGUGAUUUAAAUAUCUAUUAGGCAUAACAUCAGUUUAGUUAGUCAUAUUUAACAUAGGCUUGAUUGUUUAGUGAUGUGUUUGGGAUUCCCCAGGAAGCCGAGGGAAUAAGGUCUGAAGUGAGACGGUGUCGGCUUUCAAUUUGAGGCGAAACAAUUAAGGCGUUAUAAAAAAUAUUAACGUUUUAUUUUCUACCAAACCGUAUGCGUCUGCUUUACCUAAGCGAAACACAACAAAGUGAUUUAACGUCAAAAACCGAAGUGAAAAUGUGUAAACCGUGCUGGAAAGGAGAUUUGAAAACUUAAAUAGCUGAAGUUUUUUGUUGUUCUUCUUUCUGUACAUAUAGACUACAUAAAGACUGUCCAUUUUCUUUUACAAUACAUUGGUUCAUUUGGUAAUACAAUGGCCCGAAACGGACUGCGGGCCGACUCGCAGAAUUUGAGAGGGACCAACGAAAACCUUUCGGAACGAGAGAGCAGCUCCAUCGGAUCCGAUUCGGAGAUCAACGGUUUCACCACAGAGAAACAGACUGAUAAAUACGGGUUCAUCGGAGGGGCGCAGCAGCACACUGAGGAAUCAGCUCAGGAUGUCCCCCCGGAGGUGGUGAGACAGAGGGAAGUCAAGUGGCUGGACAUGCUCAACAGCUGGGACAAGUGGAUGGCAAAGAGACACAAGAAGAUCAAGCUGCGGUGUCAGAAGGGGAUCCCACCCUCGCUGCGCGGCCGGGCCUGGCUCUACCUGUCUGGGGGGAAGGUCAAACUGGAGCAGAACCACGGCAAGUUCCAGGAGCUGGACAGUAAGCCAGGGGAUCCCAAGUGGCUGGACGUCAUUGAGAAGGACCUACACCGGCAGUUCCCAUUCCACGAGAUGUUUGUGUCGCGAGGGGGCCAUGGACAGCAAGACCUGUACAGAGUGCUGAAGGCCUACACACUGUACCGUCCGGAGGAGGGCUAUUGCCAGGCCCAGGCUCCCAUCGCAGCAGUGCUGCUCAUGCAUAUGCCUGCGGAGGAAGCAUUCUGGGGCCUGGUUCAGAUCUGUGAGAAGUACCUCCCUGGAUACUAUAGUGCUGGAUUGGAGGCGAUUCAGCUGGAUGGGGAGAUCCUGUUUGCCCUCCUCCGCAGGGUCUCCACAGUGGCCUACAAGCACCUGAAGAAGCACAAGAUCGACCCCGUCCUCUACAUGACAGAGUGGUUCAUGUGUGCCUUCUCCCGCACCCUGCCCUGGGCCUCCGUGCUGCGCGUCUGGGACAUGUUCUUCUGUGAAGGAGUGAAGAUCAUAUUCAGGGUGGGGCUGGUCCUGCUGAAGAACAUGCUGGGCUCCUCUGACAAGCUGAAGGUGUGCCAGGGCCUGUACGAGACCAUGGAGCUGCUGAGAACCGUGGAGCCCAGAUACAUGCAGGAGGGCUUCCUGAUGAGAGAGAUAAUCGAGCUGCAGGUGUCGGAGCGCGACAUUGAGAAGGAGCACCUGGUGCAGCUGAAGCGCUGGAAGGAGACGCACGGAGAGCUGCGCUGCAAGUCCCCUCCCAGAAUGCACGGUGCCCGGGCCAUCAUGAUCGCCGAUCCACCCACCCACAAAGACCUGCUCCAGGCUCCCACUAUCAUCGUGGAACCCCCCCUGGAAGACGCCAGCUCUAAACAGAAGAAGAAAGGGAAGAACAAACAAGAUCCCCCCAGCAAUCCCACCCCAGAGACCCUGAGCCCUGCCCACCCUCCAAGCCCCACCCUCCAGAAAGACACUCCCCUGCAGCAGUCCAACCAGAGCCUAAGCUCCAGCAGCACUGAGCAGGACACCUACCUGUAGCCCUUCUAUUGUGAGCCGUGUUACCACAUCCUGUUCCCAUUCAAAGGUUUCAUCAAAAGGGGCAGGAUCGCCCCAACUGACGCCACUGUUAUGGAAUCCCUCAGGACUCCCUGUAUUCUUCAGAUUAUUUUAUAUUAUACUCCCUGUUCCAUCAGGGUAUCCCCACUAAUUAACUGUGGCUGUGUCACCUAGUGCUGCGAGAGAUUUAGUUCAUUUAGAUAGUAUUUUACAACUCUGAAGUCUGUUCAUCUGUUCGCUGGGGAUCUUUCCACUGGUAGUGAAUAAGAAUGCCACUACCUGCUCAUAUAUGGAAUAGCUCCCUGUCAAGGUGCCAAUGAACCCACGGUAUGGUGAAAUUUAAAGAUGAUCCAGGUAUACAGGUAUUUGAAGCAAUAGCUGAUUCUGAAUGCAACAGAGGUUCUGGGCAUCUCGUGCAGCAUUAGCUUGUCUGCAGUUUGUUUGUGUGACUCUGGUGGAACAGGAGGGAAUGAAGCUGCUACCUGGAUGUGGUUAAGCUCAGGGUGUUUUGACAAAGUGUCUCCUGAUGGUAUUUUACACCAAUACAAGCCAAGUACCAGCACCUGACCUUUUCUGCCAUGUUAUUUAAAUGGAAUUGUGUGUAGCUAUCCCACAGUGAUGGAAGUAGCUGGGUAUCUCCUUUUCUGCCACGUUCUUUAAAUGGAAUCGUGUGUAGCUAUCCCACAGUGAUGGAAGUAGCUGGCUAUCUCCUUGGUAUUGCAGGAUGUUAUUGGUAUUUUCCUUUUCCUCUGCUCAUAGCUUGUUUUAACCCCUGUGUUUCUUUUCUGUGGGUAAUCCUUCCCUCUGAUAGAUAGUACUGCGCAGGUGAUGCUGUGAAGGCUGUUGCAUUCUCCUCCAGGUUAAAUUGGUUAGUUGACUGAAGGUUAGAGGCUUAAUUGGUCAAACAGUAAAGGAUAUUCUUGGAACAAAGACCUGGACUGGAUGGGCCAAGCUUCUCUAGUAUAAGGGAACAAAAGCCCCGACCCAGGGCUUGAACUAGGCUUGAGCCUCUUUCUGUUUGACAAAACUUUCUAAAUCUGUAUUUACAGCCGCCAGCUACAUCUGUUCUUGCCAGCCAGUGAACCCACAGAACACAUGUUGUGAAUGGCAGACGCACCUCCAAUAAGCAGCCACAAAUGCCCCCAUUUUGGUGUUUACCCAGAUCCGUAUCUCGUACUCUUUUGGGAACUUGAAAGGAUUUUUCUCCAUGGUGGUUGGUUGUAAUUGGUAUUUUCUAAGAGUAUGGAGGUCCACACACCCUCACACCCUCACACCCACACACACCCACACACACCCACACCCACACACACCCACACCCACACACACACACAUACACAAACUCCCCGAACAGACGCAGGCUUUUGAGUGUUUAGAGAAGAUACUUGCUUUAUUAACUCAAUCUAGAAAGGUUUUUAACCUAUGAGGAAAGGCUGUAUUUUAGCAUCUCAAAAAUAGCAAUGGAAACUGUUGUUUUUGUGUGUGUGUGCGUGGUUGAAGAGGUGGUAGUAGGGGUGUGAAUUGGAUCUGUCAGAUACCCAGUCGUAUAUGUUAUAGCUUUCUGGACUAUAUAGAUUUUUUUUGUUUUGUUUCUUCAAAUACAUGGUAUAGAAUUAAAACAUAAGCUCAUGCACUUUGAUACUGGAUGUAUGAUUCAAUGCACAAGCAACAAAAGAAACCUGUGACGAGAGUUCUUUGAAAAUGGUCAUGCGCAUGUAUAUUUAAUGUGUUAUCUGGAUGUGGCUUGUUUUCAAGUUCAGCCUGUCACUACUUCAAGCAAACUUCAUCUCCAUGUAAUUAUUUCCAGUGGAAUCUGAACUGGUCUCUUUACACAAAGUAUCAAGUGGAUGAAAGGGAUUUUUUAGGUUGGUUCUCCCUAGUGGUUGAAGUGGGGUAUGACUGCUUUUCUAAAGUGAAAUAAAACAAGACUUUCAACAUUUAUUUUUCAGGGGUUCACAGAAUCGUGUUCUUUUAUUGAAACACAAUAUUCAGUCUGACCAGUGAACUCAUUGUCUGAUCAAAUGUGGCCAGGCGGAGAUUUCCAAGUUAAGAAAAAACCCAACAAAUAAAACAGGUGUCCGUCAUACCAGACUCUUUCUUGUUGACUUUAUUAUGGUAUUUUGUGAGCCUCUGAAAAACCAACAAGUCUAAAUAAAACACACAACCAAAAUAGGAUAAAACUGUAAACUCCUAUCCUGAGAGGGGUUGUCUUAUCAACUGAAUUAAAUAAUGGCCAGGAAAAUAAUUUCCAUAGCCUUAGCACAGUGUUCUGUUUUUGUGAUCUCAACAGCCACCAUAUACACAUUUGUAUAGAACAGUGUUCAACGCAUGAUGAUCUAAACAGCGGGCUCCUCUUACCUGCAGUCACUCAGGGCUGGGAACAGCUUUUCAAAACGUUUAUUUAGAUCCGCAAACAUGUGACAUGCAGUCAUUUACUUGUCGCACUGUAUCUGUAUGUUACCCCUGGGGGUCUAAUCUCAAAGCAUUGAACUCCAGGCUUUAUCUUCUAUUUACAGAGCAUUCUUAUGGUGCUGAGAAUCUUUUGGUUCCUUUUUUUUUGUCGGUUCAGAAUUUGCUGUAAGUCACUCAGUCUGUUUGCAACUAGACCACUGGAAGGAAUCUUGACCAGCAGUAGCAAAUUGUCAUAUAUAGUAUUGAGUGAGAAUAUUAAAAUUAAAUUUAAAACCUGUGUUUAUAAAGUACCACAUCAUUUGUAUUCCUGGUUUUGUAACAGAAGUUAAGAGCUUGAGAACAGGCCAGAAGUGGAAGUUCUGGACCAAAGAAAUAGAUGCCUUAUUAAAGAAGCUGCAUGAUCGAAAUUCUCUAGCAAACACAGGGUGUGUCUUAAUCUGUGGUGGACGGACCAAUCAGUGUUGAAUUAUUCAAAUGAUCACAUUCCAAACUCCAUCACUAAACCAUUUUCUUUUUCGAAGGAGAAAGUAUUUAAUGUCUUUAAAGUGACUGCAGCUAAGUGGAGUCGAUUUGUAAUUGUUCAGAUAUGUUUAUGGUACAAGGGCUUUUACAGCAAGGGUUACAUUUUAAACCAACAGAAGUAGAUUCAUGUUCUCGGUAACCAUUCCUUCAAUACAGACAGGCCGAGUUAUAAUUCAGUAAAGUAGCUUUCAAAUAAAUGUUCUUUAUUUUCUUUACUGUCCACUUCCUUUUUCUUCGCUGGUUCUAACUUCUGUCAUGACAAAAUCUAGCCUAGGUUACGUAUAUCUUUGACUAAAACUAGAACUGAAGAGCAACUCGGAAUGAUUGCAAAUAUCAUACAAGGAAAAUACGUUUGAAGCUACUAGGGAAUGAGCUGAUGGGGUGGUGACACAGUAAUUGUCUCAGAUGUUUGUAAACGUGCACUAAACUGUACAGUCUUAACUUUUAUUGAUUAUUGUGGCAAAUGAAAACGAAGGGUGAUUUUUAAAGAGUUUGCUUCCAUUCCUAUUUUGUCUGUGUUUCAUGUUUCAAUUACAAAAACACACGAUGAAAUCAUUCCUUUUUCCAUCAAGUGCUUUGGAAGACACUUUGACCUCCCAAAUUUCAGACUGCUGGCUUAUUCGAAAGACCCGAUUUAUUACAGAUGUAUGGGCAAUACCUAAAACAACAAAAUAAAAGGAACUUAAAAAGUUCUCACGUUGUAAUGCUUGGACGUGAAUGCCAUGAUGACACUAAUGAAUAUAUGACUUUUCUAGCACUUUUAUAAGGAAUGUAUAAGCUUUUUUUUUAAAUGGAGACUCCAGGUAUUGUAUUUUGUUGUUUUUUUGUAUAGCGGCUUUACCAAACUGGAAACCGACUCGACUAUAAACCAUUCCUCCAACUGUAUUGUUUACUAGCUCUACAGUCUGUUGAGCGGUAAAUCCAGAUAUUCUUAAAUAAAUGAUAACCAAGCUCUGUCAUACAUUGUGCUCAAUAGCCUCAUUAUCACUAGUCCUUCUUGUUGUGCUGAGUGAGGUAUUGGAUUAUACAAACUAUAUACUAUAGAUUUAAAGUGUCUAAACCACUGCUUCCUGGUAUCGUUGGUUCUUGACUGCAUCCAAAGCUACUUCUUGCAGUACCAAUGAAAAUCACAAACUCGACAGCCAUUAACGACUGAGUCAUGAGGACCAUAGGAGCUGGACAGUGUUCUUGACCUUCAGCCAGGAAGAGAGAGGGCAUAUCCGCAGAGUUAACAAAGAUGAUCACCUGCACAACAAUAACCAGUGAUAGAGAGGAAAGUUUAGUUUUGAGUUGUACAAAAUUAAUUUUAUACUGCAUAUGCAGUAAAUUAUGGGACCAUUUAGGCCAGUGGUACUUGAGAUCUAUUCCAGUCCUUGUCCUAAAUGAAUGAAUUGCCCCUUAGCAGCUUCAGUUAACUACAUUAGAACCUGCUUGGAGUAAAAACCUGGACUGGAUUGAAUCUCGAGUACCACUGAUCCAGACACAGAACAGUACAGAUUACUCACGAACGCUGUUCAAAACCAAGACCCUCGUAAACCAGACUGCUGGGUUGGUUCCAGUGAGUCAGCCUUUGUUUCUAAGAGAUCGCGGUGCAUGCCUGAGUUUCCCUGUCGAUGAAAUACCACAGAGCCCCCGACACGCCCAGCAGCUGCUUCUUUUGGGCAAUGGGAGGGGGUGAUUUUAUAUAUAGUGUAUUCAGAAAUCAGUCCUGUUGUAUUUAAUACUGUUUCUGUACAAACUCCAUUUACCUGAAAUAAAUUUGAUACUAUGCUCGA